AUGGCUACCACAACUAGGACAACCCAGCAUGCCCUGAGAAGCCUUCGUGCUGCCUCUUCAACCCGCCCGUAUGCGUCCUUCACCCUGCGUACGUACGCCUCCGCCGCCGAGCCCGACCUGAAGGCCACGCUCCUGUCCGUGAUUCCCGAGAAGAGAGAAUUGCUCAAGCAGGUCAAGAGCCACUCCGACAAGAAGAUUGGCGACAUCACCGUCGGCCAAGUCAUCGGUGGGAUGAGAACAAUGAAGUCCAUGGUUUGGGAGGGUAGCGUGUUGGAUGCCAAUGAAGGGAUUCGUUUCCACGGCCGAACAAUCGCCGAUUGCCAGAAAGAGCUCCCCAAAGGUACCUCUGGCACCGAGAUGCUGCCUGAAGCCAUGUUCUGGCUCCUCUUGACCGGCAAAGUUCCUUCCACCUCUCAGGUCCGAGCUCUGUCGCGCGAAUUGGCCCAAAAAUCAGACCUCCCACCCCAUGUCGUCUCCAUGCUUCGCUCGUUCGACAAGAAUGUUCAUCCAAUGACGCAGCUGUCAUGCGCCGUUGCCGCUCUGAAUACCGAGUCCAAAUUUGCGAAGAAGUAUGCCGAGGGUAUGAACAAGGCGGACUACUGGGAGCCUACGUUCGAUGACAGCAUCAGCCUCCUUGCCAAGCUGCCUCGUGUGGCUGCGGCCAUCUUUGACAAAUCCGCUCUCGACAUGCCCUUGGACAUUGAGCAAGACUGGGCCUACAACUUCGCCAAACUUCUCGGGAAGGCUGGGAAGGAAAAUGAAGGGUUCCAGGAUUUGCUUCGUCUCUACCUUGCCCUUCACGGAGACCACGAGGGCGGCAAUGUCUCGGCUCACGCCACUCACCUAGUUGGCUCCGCUCUUUCUGAUCCGUUCUUGUCGUACUCUGCUGGCCUGCUAGGCCUUGCGGGACCUCUGCAUGGACUAGCUGCCCAAGAGGUGCUCCGCUGGAUUUUGAAGAUGCAAUCGCAAAUCGGCGAGAAUUUCUCUGACAAAGACGUCAAAGACUACCUCUGGGCUACCCUUCGUUCCGGUCAGGUUGUUCCGGGUUACGGUCACGGUGUGCUCCGGAAGCCUGAUCCACGAUUCAAGGCCUUGAUCGACUUCGGCGACGCCCGUGAGGAUAUUGCAAACAACCCCGUGUAUCGGCUGGUCAAGAAGAACAGCGAGAUUGCCCCCGGCGUCCUCACUGAGCACGGCAAGACCAAGAACCCUCAUCCCAAUGUGGACAGUGCCUCAGGUGUCCUCUUCCACCAUUAUGGCUUCCAGGAUCCCUUGUACUAUACUGUCACCUUCGGAGUUAGUCGAGGCCUGGGUCCUUUGGCACAACUGAUUUGGGAUCGCGCCCUGGGCAUGCCGAUUGAACGACCGAAGAGUAUUAAUCUCGAAGGUCUCAUGAAAUUGGUGUAA